AUGGCGAACGAUAGUUUAAAUCAUUCAUUUAGUUUACCACCCAUUUACUUUUAUGCCACCCAGGUUCAACAAAUUGCCACCUUCGUUGCCACAAUACAAUAUAAUAAAUACAUGCAACAAAAAAAAACUGUUGCAAUACGAACUCCACAUGAAUUGGCCACAGAACACUGGCACCGCAUGAUCCAGGCAACUAAAUGUCGUAAACCAAUGCCACGCGUCAUACCCGUCUCGAAUAACACUUCCAAACGUUAUGAACCAUAUGCCACCAUUUUGCAUCGUUGUGGCGAUGAUACCGGCUGUUGUGGUUCUACUGCCAGUGUAUGUACGGUUAAAAGGCAUGAAAUCGUUAUGGUAUAUGUUUUUUCAUACGACUUUAAUUAUCGCAAAGAAAUCGAGGCGUUACCAAUGCAAAAUCAUACUGAAUGUCAUUGCGUCAAUCGUGCCAGUUUAUUAUUGCAUGAUUCCAUGCCACGUGAUAAAAGAUCUGGUGGUAGUGUUGGUGGUCUGGGUAGUACAAGUUAUUUGCAUCAUUUUCAACGGCAACAGAGAAAACAACAACAACUGCAGCAAGAAUAUCGGCAGUCAUCAUCAUUACAGCUUCAGAGUCCGAAUCAACAUCAUCAAGAGCAAUUGCAAAAUAUGCUAGAUUGCCAUUGUCCUCGGCACUUUAAUGUUUUCGAAGAGGAUGUAGAGCGUCAUGCCCAUUUACCAAAACCACACAGUGUUUUUAUACGCAAAUGCCGUUGUGACUGUUUGGUCAAUAAUCAAACAUGUCUGCGGUUUAAACAUGGCGAAGAAGGAUUUUCCUUGGAAGAUCGCAAGUAAGAUUAACUAACAAUUUAUUAAUA